GAGAAGGCCAGGAAAGGAUCCAUCCAGGCCGCCGAUAACUUUUUUUCCUGGAUACAUUCUUUUGUACCGCUUUCACCAUCCUACCCACUUGCAUCCGCAGUUUUCUGUUUAGCGGUUUCGUUUUCGUCGAGUGUGUCUCGACCUCCCAUCUCUCAAGAUGGCGAUUCAAAAGAAGCAUGGUAAAGGUCGUUUGGAUAAGUGGUAUCGCCUGGCGAAGGAGAAGGGUUACAGAGCGAGAGCUGCUUUCAAGCUGAUCCAGCUGAACAAGAAGUACGGCUUUUUGGAGAAGAGCAAAGUCGUUCUCGAUCUUUGCGCGGCACCCGGUUCGUGGUGUCAAGUUGCUGCAGAAUGCAUGCCCGCACAGAGUAUCAUUGUCGGUGUCGAUCUUGCGCCUAUUAAGCCGAUCCCCCGAGUCAUCACUUUCCAGAGCGAUAUCACAACCGAGAAGUGUCGCACAACAAUUAGACAGCACCUGAAGCACUGGAAGGCUGAUACCGUACUUCACGAUGGUGCCCCCAAUGUCGGUACCGCCUGGGUUCAGGAUGCUUUCUCUCAGGCAGAGCUGGUGUUGCAGUCUCUGAAGUUGGCUACGGAGUUCUUGGCGGAGGGCGGUACAUUUGUUACGAAGGUCUUCAGAUCCAAGGACUACAAUCCGCUCCUGUGGGUUUUCAAGCAACUCUUUGCGUCCGUGGAGGCGACGAAACCUCCGUCUUCUCGAAACGUUUCUGCAGAAAUUUUCGUUGUUUGUCGCAAUUACAAGGCACCAAAGCGCAUUGACCCGAAGUUCCUCGAUCCCAAGCAUGUCUUUGCAGAACUUGCGGACCCUACCCCCAACAACGAGGCCAAGGUGUUCAACCCGGAGAAGAAGAAGCGCAAGAGAGAGGGUUACGAAGAGGGCGAUUACACGCAAUUCAAGGAGGUCCCGGUCACGGAAUUCAUCAACACCACUGAUCCCAUUGCCAUCCUGGGUUCAUGCAACAAACUUAGCUUCCAACAGUCCCCAAGUGGUGACCUUGCCCUCGCCACUUUGGAGAGACUAGAAGAGACGACCGACGAAAUCAAAGCCUGCUGUGAGGAUCUCAAGGUUCUGGGUAAGAAGGAAUUCAGGAACCUGCUCAGGUGGCGACUGAAGGUGCGGGAGCAGUUCGGUCUCGCUGUGAAGAAGGGUGGUCAAGCCAAGGAGGAUGAGACCGAAGAAGUGGCGGAGGUCGCUCCUAUGGAUGACGAGCUGGCCAUUCAAGAGGAGCUGAUGCGCCUUCGUGAAAAGGAAACCUCCAAGCAGAAGAAAGAGCGCCGCAAGGAGAACGAGAGGAAGCGCAAGGAAAUCGUUCGGUUACAGAUGCACAUGACGACACCCAUGGAUAUCGGAAAGGAGCAACUGGGACCUAAUGGCGAGGAUGCCACAUUCUCGCUCAAGCGCGCCGAGAGAGGUGGAAUCAGGGACACCAUUGCUGCCGGCCAUGAAGCACCGAUUGAAAGUGAUAGUGAGGACAGUGCUUCCGAGUCUGACUUCGAGGAGAGCGAUGACGAGGAAGACCGUCUGGAGCGGGAACUUGACAACCUGUACGAGCAAUACCAGGACCGCAAGGAGGACCGGGACACGAAGCUACGGGCAAAGAAGGCCAGGAAGGACUUUGAAGCCGACUCCUGGGAUGGCUUUUCCGAUGAUGACAAGGAAGAUGGUGAGGACUCCGACGACGAGGGUCUUGGAGUUAGCUCCGCCGGCGACAAAGCUCCCAAGUCAGCUUCCCUUUCCAACAGUGCGUCGCUAUUCUUCGACCAAGAUAUAUUCCAAGGCUUAGAAGACAUCGACGAUGUCGAGGAUGAAGAUGAAGAUAGCGCCAUCGAAGUUAAGGAGGCUCGGCCUAAGGGCAAGGAGUCUGAGAAGAAGAAGAAGGCAAAUGAAGCCAAGAAGCCUGUCCAGGCGAUGGAAGACUCGGAUGAAGAAGAUAUUGAAGAGCUUGAGGAUCCACGUAAGAAGAACGGGCAGCUCGAUAUCGACAUCAUCACUGCGGAAGCUAUGGCACUUGCCCAACAGAUGGCUACUGGAGAGAAGAAGUCUUCUGACGUGGUUGAUGAUGGCUUCAACCGAUUUGCGUUCCGCGAUAGUGAUGGUCUCCCCGAGUGGUUCCUUGACGACGAGAACAAGCACAGUAUCCAGAACCGUCCUAUCACCAAGGCGGCCGCAGCCGCAAUCAAGGAGAAGAUGCGCGCCAUUAACGCUCGCCCGAUCAAGAAGGUUAUGGAAGCCAAGGGCCGCAAGAAGUUCAAGGCCGCCCAGCGACUGGAGAAGUUGCGCAAGAAGUCUGCACUGUUGGCAGAUGACGAAGCCCUCAGCGAGCGUGACAAGUCGCAGGCCAUUGCGAGAUUGAUGAGCAGAGCUACCAAGAAGAAGCCCAAGCAGCAGGUGAAGUUGGUGGUUGCCAAGGGAAACAACAGGGGUAUCUCUGGACGUCCUCGUGGUGUCAAGGGCAAGUACAAGAUUGUGGAUUCUCGUAUGAAGAAGGAUAUCCGGGCUCAAAAGCGCCUGGCCAAGAAGAAGAAGAAUUAGUGAUGGGGCUUAGCUGUGGAACUCGAAGCGAUCUUUUUCAUCAUUGUCCAUGUAUAUACCCGGUUAACAUUAUAGAUCUCUGUAUCAUAUCCAUGGUGAAAGGGGUACGUACCUGUUAUUGCGAUCUGUAAUUCGUUUCAAUGGUCCGAUGUAGUACCGGGUAGGUGGCCAUGAAGCUGUCUCCAGGAAAUAUCAAUAUAGG